AUGAAUAUGACAUUAGAUAAUUAUAAUUCAACUGAAUUUAUUCAAUCAUCAUCUAUAAUUAAACAAUCAAAUAAUCAUCCUAUAGAUACAAAUAAUAUAGAUAAUGUAUUUAAUAUAACAUCAUGCAUAAUAAUCACAUUUAUGUUUUCAUUAAUUGUUAUAUUUUCAAUAUUUGGUAAUAUAUUAGUUAUGUGGAUUAUAUUAAAUAAUCGUAGAAUGCGUACAAUAACUAAUUGUUUUUUAUUUAAUUUAUCAGCAGCUGAUUUAUUAACAAUAUUUCAAAUUAUACCAAAUGUUUAUUAUGUAUUACAAAAUGAUUGGAUAUUUGGUAUUGCUUAUUGUAAAUUUUCACAAUUUUUUACAUCAUUUAAUAUAGCUAUUAGUGUAUUUACAUUUAUUGCAAUUUCAUCGGAUAGAUAUACUGCAAUCAUGUUUCCUCUUCGUCCACGUUCAAAACUGAAGACAGUUAUUUGUGCAAUUGUAGCUAUUUGGUUAAUUUCGUUUGCAAUUGGAUUGCCUGGAUUAAUUGUAGCUACGGUUUAUCCAAAAAACUUAUCAAACUUACAAAAUAUAGCAAAUAGUACAGAUUUACUUGUUGUGGUGAAACAAAUCUCGGUUAACUCACCUGAUCAAUAUGUUUCGAAUGAUUGUAUUCUUAACUGGUCAUCAGAGUGGUCUGAAGCGUACGAUUAUACACUUUUUGUGUUAAUGUAUGUUCUUCCCCUUAUCAUACUUGCCACAACUUAUAUUCCAAUAUCAAUUCAUUUAUGGUUUCAUAGAGGACUUGGUGAAGUCACUAGGGCACAAGCCCAAAAUGUUCAGUCGAAAAGACGAGCAGUGAAAAUGUUAUGUGCAGUUAUGUUGAUAUUUGCAAUCUGUUGGCUUCCAUAUCAAUUAUUUUUCAUUCUGUUACAAUUAAGUCCAACAAUUAAAAGUAGUCAUAGUUUACCGAUUAUAUUUAUAUGUUGUUAUUGGUUAGCAAUGAGUAAUUCAAUGUACAAUCCAAUUAUAUAUGUUCUAAUGAAUAAAAAGUUUCGUAAAGGAUUUUAUGCAGCAUUUUCAUGUUUUCCGUAUUGUCGUGAAUACAUUAAAAAAGACAAGAAGAUUAGAACGACUGCGACAUCAAUUCGUACAUCACAAGUUUGA